UACAUAUACACAUAUAUACAUAUAUAUAUACAAUAUAUACUUAUGUACAUAAAUAUAUGAAUAUUAAGACAAAUAUUAGUGGAACGCAUUGCGCUGGUGGUUGUGAUAAGGGCGAUCAAUGAUUAAGUCGAUGACGUUGCAGAUGCCAGCAAAAACAACAACAACAGCUACAACAAAAACAAACAAAGCGCAUAGGAAUAUGAUAAAAGUGGUGACGAGAACGUCUGCAGCAAAAGCAACAACACCAUUAUUAACUACACCAWCAASAACUACAAUAACAACAACAAAAGGCAGUAAAACAAAAACAACACUAUCUAUAAUGUCAACAGCAACGAACACUACCACCGAUAUGCAUUUUAAAGCCGCAAACAGUGAGCGCAUGCGCAGCUGCCACACGACGCCGCAAGCCAUCAGCUGUUGCGGUAAUAAUUAUCAGCACAAUAAUGAUAAUAAUUCUCAAAAUAAUAAUAUAAAUAAUUAUCAAAAAAAUAACAAAAAUAAUUAUCAAUAUAAAAAUAAUAAAAAUUAUCGACAUAACCAUGAUGCUCAUAAUGAACAUAACAACGAUAAUAAUAAUGAGCAUAAUCGUAGCAAAAAUCGGCUUAGUAAAAAUAAUAAAAACAACCACCGCAUGGCAGCAAUGAAAGUUUAGCUUACGCGCCUGCUGAACCACGCCCAUUGCAGCGACGGCACACGACGGCGAUCGUUAAGGACAACAAUGCUGCCACCGACGAUGCGAAUCUGGUUUUCGUGUAUAAAUGCUGUGAAAAAUUCGAAAUUCAUGUGGACGGCCUCUGCACGCAGGUCAAUGAGAGUGAGUACUUCCAACCCAUGUUCACCAACUAUCAGGGUAUACACAAUGUGCCGGUGAAAUUCAAGUUUGUUAUUGGCAUACCGGCUUGUGGCACGAUGCAGUCAUGGCCCAUAUAUCAUUAUCAAGGUAGCGCUGAUCAGCUGGUGCUUUUAGACGAUGGCAAAUUACGCCACUACACCAACUCUAAUGAGGAAGAGGAUGAGCUCUAUGAGCACACAGACUACGAUGCAGAUUUGGAUGAUGAACGGAAGUCACUCUUUCAUGAUUAUGCGGCAGGGCAAUAUUGCAUAGAUAAGGCCAUUUCUACAACGGGUCAGCAUAAACAAGUGCUCUAUGCGAACAUUUGUUUGGCGAAACGCGAAAUUAAAUGGUCGGAUACAACAUUUUUACUGCGUAAAGUAAUAAAUCCCAUAUUGCAUGGCAUAUCCUUGAUACUUUUAUUGCUCAUAUCGAUUAUCUACUUUAUACUGCCCACAUUGCGUGAUCUGGUUGGCAACAUUAUAACGACAAUAGCGGUGUGUAUGAUGACGGUGCAGGCGGCGGACUUUGUGCGCAUCUUCACGGAGUUCUCGAACCACGUCAGCUUCAUUGUGGCGGAUAUUAUACUGUACAUCAGCUUGCUGGGCGCCUUCUUUUGGCUUAAUAGCUUCGGUUAUUACAUUUGGAAGACGUUCCGUUCACGCAACGUCUUCCUGCGCGUCACCGAUGGACGCAAAUAUUGCUAUUAUUCCGCAUAUGCUUGGGGUCUGACUGCGUUGAUGGCCGCUAUGGCGGUAUUUGCGCAUUUCUUUCUCGACGCCGAUUCGUAUAAGCAACAAUAUGUUAUCGGCGAUCAGCAGACAAUCGGUUGGCUGGGCAUUUGGAUAUUUUUUGCGCCCAUCGCGUGCAUAAUACUAAUCAAUAUAUUCUUUUAUGUGACCACAUUGAAGUUGAUCAAUCGCAGAAAUGUCUAUGGACGCAUACAACACAAGCUGCGUGCGAAUUUCAUUAUGUUUUCGUGGAUGCUGCUAAUCAUGUCGAUUGCGUGGCUCUUCUUUGUGCUCUCGCUAAUGCCGUACGAAGGCCUACUCUACGCGCACAUACUAGUCAAUGCUGCGCAGGCGCCGCUGCUACUCUACAUAUGUGUACUGCGUCAAAAACACGUUACAUUCCUGUUGAAAAARUCAUGCUGCUAUAAUGAACCGCCAUCGGCCAAUGAUUGGGGCGAUGAAAUGCAUUAUAUGAAUUGUAAUGAUUACUGAGAUGAGGCGCGCGUUAAGCACGCGCCCAAACAAA